UCAUUGACCAAGCUUGUCAAGAGGCAGAAACGUACAGGGAUGCUGGACUUGAUGGCUUGAUAAUAGAGAACAUGCAUGAUCUUCCCUACACAGUUUGUCCUGGGCCUGAAAUAACGGCAGCAAUGACAGUGGUUAGUGCUGCAGUGAGACGAACCUGCCCCCGUCUCCCGCUGGGUGUCCAGAUUCUGUGCGCUGCAAAUCAACAGGCUACAGCAGUGGCUCUUGCAGCAGGUCUUGAUUUCAUCCGAGCUGAAGGGUUUGUGUUUUCUCAUGUUGCUGAUGAAGGGAUUAUAAAUGCCUGUGCAGGCGACCUGCUACGAUACAGAAAACAAAUUGGAGCAGAGAACAUUCAGAUUUUUGCAGAUAUUAAAAAGAAACAUAGUGCUCACGCUCUGACGGCAGAUGUCAGUGUAGCCGAGACUGCGAGGGCGGCCGAGCUCUUCCUGGCUGAUGGGGUCGUAUUGACUGGAACAGCUACGGCAGUGCCCGCCGAUCCGCGGGAGCUGAAAGAGGUAAAAGAUGCCGUGAAGAUUCCUGUGCUGAUUGGGUCUGGAGUGACUCUGGAGAAUGUGAGGAAUUACUUGGAUGCAAAUGCCUUAAUAAUUGCAAGUUCCUACAGCUUUGUACCUCUCCAGACUAGUAGGAAUGUUAACAACUGCCAGGUUCCUUCCUAUGCACACAGGUGUAAUUAUGAUUGAAGCCUUUCUACCAAAACUGAAAGAGGACUAACAGCCUACAUAAGGCAAGACGGAAGCCGAGGUCCCUUCGUUCUGGCUCACCAAUGCACGACAAAGCAAACAUUUUGGGUAGAGACAAGUUUCCUGUCAAGGACCUCUGAGUUUUCAGUCCCAUCAGGUAGUCCAACAAUGGAAAUAAGUAUUCUGUUUUAUGUAAAUAAAAAC